GUUGCACAAUCGCUCUUUAUCAAUCAAUUCCAGUGUAUUAUGCCGAUUUAAAGUAUACUCACUAUAUAUAUAAUAUAUAUGUGUUAAUACCGUCACUACCAUGGAUUCGCCGAGGAGGAAUCGGAAUCGCGCCGCGUGCCGCCGCUGUCAACGACGGAAGAUCCGCUGCGAUGGGCAAACUCCUCGCUGUGGGUCAUGCCAGAAGGCUAGCACCCCUUGUAUCAAUGAUGGCAAGCAGCUUGUUCAGCGCUCGUAUAUCGCGAGCAUGGAGAAACGAAUACAAUGGUUGGAAACGCUGGUAAAAGAAAGUUGUCCAAAUGUUGACUUGGGUGAACAGUCUAGAGACAACCUUGCCCAAGAGGAGGAGCCAGUAUUGAUUGAGGACCACGAGGAAACGUCUAUCCUUAGCCCUCAGAGAGAGCUUGCCACAAGCGAGGAACAGGGCCCGGGGCAAAGCACACAGCAAUACCAAAGUGGGCCACAUCAUCCAUUGCGGACUCUUCCUUGGAUGGAAUCUCGACAAGCCCAUGAGAUAGGACUUGUCUCGCUCUCACCUGGAGGCGAACCCCGCUAUAUUGGGCCUUCAAGCGGAUAUUUCUUUGCCAAUCUCGUAUUCUCUAGUGCCGGUAGGCAUCAGAAGCGACGAAAUGCUGCCAAUGAUUCUGCAGGCUCACUAUCAGGAGAGUCGACCGCUCUCGCGGCAGAGAUUCUUCAUACACCCGCUUCUUUGCCCCCACGACGAGAAACUGCUGCCGAAUUGUCAGCCAAGUACUUUGAAACCAUUCACAUCAUUUAUCCUUUUUUGCACCAGCCAUCCCAUAUGAGCUAUAUAGAUCAAAUGUAUUCGUCGGAAGAUGUCAGCCCAAUAGUGGCCUUUCAGGUCUACAUGGUUAUGGCUAUUGCUGCCACUGAUCUUUCACGGAGGUCCAAAGUCCGCCUCCCUGCUGAGGGCUAUUAUGCCACAGCAAUGCAGCAUUUUAGUAAUAUAUCUCCGGAUGGAACCUUGGGUGGAUUGCAGUCAUUGCUAUUACUCAUGGUGUAUGGAUUCCACAACCCAUCUUGUGGAAUCAAUAUAUGGAACCUCAACUACCAGUGCUUGGCUUCUCUUAUCGAUUUAGGUUUACAGCGGGAUAUACGAAACACACCCUCUCUGAAAAUAUCACUGUUGGAACAGGAAAUGAGAACCCGGGUUUUCUGGGUGGUGUACACGUUUGACCGGACGAUAGGGACAAUGAUGGGGCGACCGCUUCCUAUGGACAUCUCGGACUUUGAGCUGAUGAGACCUGACGCCCAAGAAAGAUCCCCUGAACAGCCACCUUCUCAUGUAUCAUUUGGCAUACACUUAUUCAAAGCCGCCAGACUAAACUCAGAGAUCAAGUAUGUCAUGCACAGUAUAUCUCGAGAGCCACCAGCAUACGCCUACCCACCAAUUCGAGACAUUUUCGUUUGGCAAAGGGAGAUGUUGGAGCGUCUGCAAACCUGGAAGGCCGAGACACCACAUACUGAUAAUAUCAACAACAUGAGCGCCAAGCUCUGCGAAAUCAAAUAUCAUGAGAUGAUGAUACUAGUCUUGCGCCCCAGUCCAGCCAUUCCAGACCCAUCCGAAGAUUCUUCUAUCUUAUGUUUCAGACACGCGAUGGAGCUGUUGGAAAGCUUCAGAGAGCUGUAUAGGCAUGACUCCCUGCAGUACAGCCGACUGGUUGUCCAUUCAAUUUUUCUGGGCACACUUGUGGUGCUUCAUAGCAUUUGGAAGUUGCCUGAUAUUUCGACAAACAUACAAAUAGAUGAACUCACAAAAAAUAUAACUGCUGCUCUCAAUAUUCUGAGCAGUAUCGGCGAAUAUUGGCUUGAAGCCCAGAGAGCUAGAGACUGCAUCGAUGAUAUCUCAAGUGUGACCAUGAGGCGACUCUUGAAAACUCGAGCUUCAGCGGAGUCAACGGCUACUCCUCGGCUUCGUUCAAGGAUACGCACUACGAAUAAUAUCCAACAAAGUCCUAAUAUCUCUUCCCAAUUGCCUUUAGGACAAAACGCAACAAACCAGCAACAAGAGCUCAUAGAUUUGGAUACAAACCCUGCCGGCUUUGGUGUUUUCAACCCAGGGUUUCCUGACGCUACACUUGAACAAACGGACUCACUACAACUAUUUGGGGACUCCGCAUUUGAGGAGACAUUUGGAUUGACAGGUGUGCCAGAUUUUGAUGGUCUCAUGUGGGAGCUUUUCAAUCUAUCGUGA